AUGACAUCCAUCCCACUAUCUUCAGGGAAUUGCUCAUGGACAAUAUGGUUUAAUAAUGGAAAACCGUACAAUGCUAGUAGUGGUGAUUUCGAAGACACUGCUGAGAUAAUAGCGAAUAAUCCAGAGGCAAUGUGCAAGACGCCUAUUGCUAUGGAAGUUCAAACGAUCAAUUAUCAAAAUGGUGAUUGGAACUACGAAUGGCAAGCCGUACGAACAACGGAUAAUAUUAGUUUAGUCUCAUUUUAUGCAGUAGAACCAGCAGGCGUUGAUUUUCGUGUGCGAUAUUGUUGUCCUGGUCAUGUACUAACUAGCACGAUGCACGUAAUGACAACCGAUUCAUCUACAUUUCAAAGUAGUUCUACAUAUGGAGUUCAAGAAAUUUCAUCCUCAACAAAUGAUACCAUCGGAAAUUUUCGUGCCAUCGAAGCAAGAGAAAAUGCAUGGCCAUGGAUAGCUUAUCUUCACAAAUCGAAGGUCGAUCUGAAUGAAACGUGUUUUGCAGGAUGCAGUGCCAUAAUCAUUGAUAAAGAUCAUCUCAUCACUAGUGCGCACUGUGUCAAAAGCAUGGAUCCGACGAAUAUUAGUCUAAUCGCUGGUUUACAUCGCCUGUCAUCUAGAUCGGAAGAAGAUCGACGACAGUUGCGCUCAAUUAAACAGAUAUUUCUUCAUCCUCAGUACAACUCAUUGACAAAUGUCAAUGAUGUGGCUGUACUCCGUCUACAGACGUCGUUCGCAUUGACGAAAUAUGUACAGUCGAUAUGUUUCUCUGAUGGGACAAAUCAACUUAACGAGAAAGUAAUCGCUGUCGGAUGGAGUAGACAACAACUCGAUGGCGUGAGGUAUAAAGCAUUGAAACAAAUAUAUGCAACUGUUGUCCACGAUUGCAAGUCUCACUGGUCAUCGUAUGAUCACAAUCUUCAAUUGUGUAUCUCUAAUCCGAUAAAUAGUUCUUCGAUAUGUCAGAAUUUUGAUCAUGGAGUAAUUUUUACACGACACGAUGGACGCUAUACUUUUGAGGGUGUGUCCAGUUAUGCCGGUAGUUGUGACUCUAUAGGUAAAACGUAUGAAUCGCUUGUUUUUACGCGCAUAUCAGCAUUUAAAACAUGGAUUCAUCAAAUCGUUCAACAGUAA